AUGGCAGCACCGCACACAUACAAAGCCUACCGACGCAGCAAGGGGGCCACACCUAAAACCCUCCAACUGACAACGGAAGAGCUUCCUUCAAGCUUGGAUGAUGAUGAAGUCCUCAUUCGAAUUCAUGCUGUCUCUCUCAACUAUAGAGAUGUAGCAAUGCUACACGGAAAAUACCCUGUGAAAUUCCUUGACGAAGGAAUCCCCGUCUCGGACUGUGCCGCUGAAGUUAUUUCAGUCGGUUCUAGAGUCCACGAUUUUGAGAUCGGAGACCGUGUCACCGCGAUCUUUGACCUGAAGAACUUGACCGGUACGGAAGACGAGAGCAGCGGUCUCGGUGGCGAGGCAGAGGGUGUGCUUCGCGAGUAUGCUGUUUUCAACCAAAAUCUUCUCCUGCACUUGCCAAAGCAUCUUUCUUGGGAAGAGGUGAGUUACCAGGCCCUUCAGAGACGGGCCAUAUUUACCUUUCUGAGACUUACACCUUUCACUCUUUGUAGGCGGCAUGUCUUGCAUGCGCCGGCGUGA